AGAAGGAUGUCUAUGCGCUUCCCGAGCACAACUUCGUUUCUAUCUAUAAAAGAACUCGAACUAUAGGUUAAGAGCCAUUCUGUUUGAAGUGUGUUAAUCCGAAUCACUUGAUCCUCUCUCAUUGUACACUGUAAGCUUUUGUCAUAAACCGACCACCAUGGCUAUCUCAAACACAGUCCCACGAACGGUUCAAUGGAAUGGCAAGAAUGUCCCGGUCUACCCAAUGGAGACUAUUAGCUUCGAGCGACUGCUCUCCCAGGAGCCUGCUGAGCUCGAAAAGGCAGUGCGCUGCUGCGAAACUGAAGGUUUCUUCUACCUAGACCUGUCGGGAAUUGAUGGCCGACGCUACUUGGAGGAUCAGGAGAAGACUCUGAAUUUGAUGCACCGCUUCUUUGGAUCACCACUCGAAGCUAAGAACCAGUUCGGACUUCUGGCUCCUCACUUGGGCUACGAGCCCGUCGGUUCACGAACAGGUGUCUUUGCGGACACAAAGGAUGGAUACGAGAUGAUCAAAGUAUCCCGAGACGAGAUCCAGCGAGCCAACCCGCAUCUUCCAGAUGUGAUGAAGAACAGCCCGGACAUUCGAAUCCUUGAGAACGCCAUCGCAGGAUGCAACAUCGUCACCAAAACGAUCCUGUCAGCGCUGUCCACCGGACUGGGCCUCAGCGGUGCCGGGCGGUUCGAAAACUCCCACCGCAACGAUCGCCCCUCAAGCACGACCCUGGCCAUGAUGCACUAUAUCCCAUCGGACCCAGCGGUUGCGCAGAAGAUCGGACACCAGAAGCACACGGAUAUCAGCUCCCUGACGCUGCUGUACAGCCAGCAGUGGGGCCUGCAAAUCCGGCCGCCGGGGGCGCGCGAGUUCGGCUUCGUCGAGCCCAGGGACGGCUGCGCCGUCGUCAACGUGGGCGACUCGCUCCGGUUCGCCAGCGGGCACAAGAUGCAGUCAUGCAUCCACCGCGUUGUGCCAUUCGACCCGACUGAGCACCGCUAUUCCAUCGCCUACUUCCUCCGCGCCGAGGACGACACCAUGUUCACCGACAGCGAGGGUAGGUACAUCACCGCUGGGCAGUGGCACGACGAGAAGUUCUUCGCAUUCACCAACCCGCCAGAGCUGCAGGCCCAGGCUCCGCCCUCCAUGUUGUUGGGUGGGAUGACGGAGGCGGAUGACGAGGAAGAAGAAGAGAUCAUCGUGCAGGCGCCCGCCGGUCAGAAGGACAUUGCCGUCGGGGCAUAAAUGGCACAUCAUUGCUUGUAUGCAUAUUUUUAGAGGAUCGAACGGAUGGCAACACCUCCCUAGA